AUUAAGUUACUGCAGUUGAGAGCGGAGAGUCGCGGGCGCAGCGCGUGUGCCGCCUCUACCUUUAAAACCACUUACGGUCAAACUGUACGUUGUAAUUAGUGAGUGGAUAAGUGACAACUUAUUAUUAUAAGUAAAUGAUAAUAUCAUCACCAUAAAACAAAACCUAAGAAUGGCAACUCUAUUAGUAAAUUCAACACAAAGUGUAUUAAAAGACACUUAUGAUUACUAUCUUUGGACGUUAUCACUUUCAGAUAACAGGACAAAAGGAUGGCCACUCGUCGACUCUCCAGUACCUACAGUAUUCUACACACUUUUGUACCUAUUCAUAGUGUGGAUUGGCCCUAAGUUAAUGAAGAACCGCCAGCCGUUCCAGCUAACGUGGCUACUUGUACCCUAUAACUUGGCGAUGGCGGCUCUCAACGCGUACAUAGCAGUCAGGUUACUGACGGCUUCCUUUAGACUGAGAUACAGCUACAUAUGCGAGCCGUGUCGACAAAAAUAUGAUCCCGAUGAACUACAAAUAGCAGAUGCAGUUUGGUGGUACUACUUCUCGAAACUUCUAGAAUUCUGUGACACAUUCUUCUUUAUUUUAAGAAAAAAAGAUGAACAGCUGACAUUCCUGCAUGUUUAUCACCACUCUACAAUGUUCAGUUUUUGGUGGAUCGGUAUUAAAUGGGUGCCAAGUGGAUCCACAUUCCUCCCUGCGAUGGUAAACAGCGGUAUUCACGUACUCAUGUAUACAUACUACGGCCUUUCAGUCUUUGGACCUUCCGUUAGCAAAUACCUAUGGUGGAAGAAAUACCUCACCAUUUUACAACUGAUUCAGUUCACCUGCGCCCUUAUCCUCGGCGUCAACGGUAUCCGGACCGGCUGCGAAUUCCCUCUAUGGAUGCAUUACGUCCUCAUCAUCUACAUGAUCUCCUUUAUCGUUCUUUUCGGCAACUUCUACAUGAAGGCAUACAUCGCUAAGGGAAGUAAAUGCAUGGAAGUGAGGUACGGUCAAUGCUUAGAUGAUGAAGAAAUUACGCUUAACAAGAAGUCGAAUUGAUGUUAAGUUGUUUGU